GGAAACUAAUCAACAGGGCACCAUAUAUACAGCGGUGGACGAGAUAAAAAGGAACAUUUCAUUUCACAGAUAAGGCAAAUGAGGGCUAUCUAUCUAUCCAUCCCGGACUGACGGGAGCAGACAGGUAGCCCUAUCUUGUAGGGCUGCCCAACGAUAUCAGUUACCGGUCGGACGGGACACCCCGCGAAGAUCCGCGGCGCGAAUCGCGAGGCGGCAGUCAGGCUAUUCUCUCAACCAAAUAAACGCAACGGAGGCCAGUAGCAGCGGGCCACCUAACCCAUCGAUCUCUUGCUUCUCUACUGGAUGUUUGGGAUCUCCAAGUCCCGCCCUGCAAGCGUCCCCCUGCUCCUACUCUCCUCCCCUUGCCUUCUUCCCGUUGUUGGCCUGCCUCUCCUACUCCCCUCUUCCUCCCCCCCCCCCCCCCCCCCCCUGCCGCUCUCCUGGUGGCUUCCAUAUCAUAUCCUCCCUCCCUCCCUUCCUUUCUUCAUUCAAGCCAGGCUCGACGUGUGUUGCUAUGUCUCAUCUCAUUCUCACGGCGUGAAAAAGGAUCGUGCCUUGCCUUUUUUCCGGCUUGCUUGGCGCGCCUUCGUCUCCCUUGCCCCCCAGGUAACACGCAGUUCAUAGCCCUUUUCGUGUCUCCGUGCCUGCCUCCGUGCAUGGGCGCAUCACAUGGCUCUUUCAGCUCCUUUUUCUGUAAGCAAAGGGAAUGUUUGGUGGAAAGACGCUUGAAAAAGAGCUGCCUUUCCUGCCAUCUCGUGUGUGUGAUGUCCGUGGUCUAAUUCUUGUCAUGUGCUGCGCUUCAAUCGGCAAGGCCAUUGGUCCGAGGAUGGCGGAACACUUCGCGCUCAUGACGGGGCGGAUGAUCACGGAGGCAACGCUUCAGGGCGCCAUCUUCGACGCCCCUUCCGCGAAGGAUGCUUGUGAUCAUCAUGAUCCUUGUGUUUUUGAGGACGGGAGGACCAAGACUGGUGUCGUGGUGGAAUGCAGAAUCUGCCAAGAAGAAGGUGAUCAAGCCUACAUGGAGACCCCUUGCUCCUGCAAGGGUAGCCUCAAGUACGCUCACCACAUAUGCAUCCAGAGGUGGUGUAACGAGAAGGGAGACACCAUAUGUGAGAUAUGCUUACAGCAAUUUACACCGAACUACAGUGCCCCUUUGAAGUUGUUUCGGAUCGGAAGAAACCAAAUUAGCUUCAGGAGAGCUGGAGAAACACCAGCGAAUCUCAACGCUGGAGAAAACGUUUCCCAAACCGGUGAUCAUGCUGCUGGCACAUCAAGCUUUGACUCUCAAUUUUGCAAUCCAAAAGGCGUCACCUACUGCCGUGUGAUUGCCAUCGCCUUGAUGGCUCUGCUGGUGCUCCGUGACGCAAUCUCGCUUGUCCUCGGCGGCCCCAAGGUGUACUCGAUGGCACUGAUCACUCUGCUGAUGUUCAGAACAGCCGGAGUUAUCAUACCCAUCUACAUUAUCUUGAUAUCAGUUGUCACAUUGCUCCAUCGGUACAGCCAACACCAGGAUGUGCAUGGCGCGGCCCCAGUUACAGAACCUGUAGGAACUGAGGACUCACAGAGCCUGCAGCCGACGCCACCUCAACAGCAUGUCAUCAGCAUCCAGUAGCAAGCUGCACAGGGAGAAUGGUGGUUAGGUCCUGUCAAAUAUUAGUCUCAUUGGAUGAGGUUAGGGAGAUCAACGCUGUCAUUCAUAGGAUACAGAAGAUGCAAAAUCAUUGCAAGUGUAAAGAUGUUCCGUAGAAUUGUACACAAAGCACAUACUAGGAACAACACACUUGACUUAACAAGUCAUGGAGAUGAGAAGUGAAAUUGAAGUGGGCAUGUGUAUAUAAA